AAUUGAACUCAGGACCUUUGGAAGAGCAGGCAAUGCUCUUAACCUCUGAGCCAUCUCUCCAGCCCCUCUUACAAGUUUUUUAAAGAGGCCUUACAACCAACCAUAAAGUCUUCUGUUCCUUAAAGUUCCAGUUUCUUCUUGGGAAAAGUGCAGUUCUGCCAGAUGGGCAAUAUGAGACCAGGUGACAUGUGUUUGACAUGUAAAACACUGUUGUGUGUUCAAUCAAGGCUUUUAUUGGUGCCCUCAGGCAGGGAGGGGGAACAAUCUUGGGAGACCUAGUAACAGCCUGGGGCCUAAGCCUUGUGAGCUUCCCUAAGGACCUGGUCAACUGAUAAUAAAACACAGCUCCUUCUGUAAAACCAGGAAUAAGCUUUGCAGAGCUGGUAAUGGUCUGGUGCCAAGGCCUUUGUGGAGGGGUUGCUUCAGAUCCUGAGAACCCAACUCUUCCCACCACAUGGAGCAAUGGUUAUCUUUGCCAAGGCCACUCUUCACUUCUUUGUCAAAAAUCAGGUGUUCGAAGACGGCAGUGACCUAUGAUGAUGUGCAUAUCAACUUCACUUGGGAAGAGUGGAAUUUGCUGGAUCCUUCCCAGAAGAAUCUCUACAAAGAUGUAAUGCUGGAAACCUACAGGAACCUCACUAUUAUAGGAUACAUUUGGAAAGACCAUAAUAGUGAAGAACAUUGUCAGUGUUCUAGAAGAUAUGAAAGGUAAUUUUCACUUGAAAGCUGAUAAUAAUGUGCCUCUGAUGAAAUUGUAAUGUGUCCUGAAAGCUUUAAACAAAAACAACAGUGUAAAUAAGCAGAGCUCUAAGUGCAUCAAUGGUCAUUAGAUUCUCACAAAUCUGUAUUUUGUGUAUGUGAAUUGCAUUUGAAUGACAUUCUUUUUAAAAAGAAGUCAAGAAAGCAAUGCCUAAAUAGAUAUCACCAUUUGAGGCACAGCACCAUAAGAGCUUUAUUAUAAAUCUUUGAAUCCAUUUAUUUCUUGCUACUCUAUUAAAAAGGCAUACACAUUAAAGAAAUGAUAAUAUUUUUGUAUUUAUAUUAUAUAUAUUUGUAUGUACAUAAAUAUGUAUAUAUUUGUAUAAAUAAUUUGUAUAUCUGCAAAACUUUCUACUAAACCAGUAUCCCAUUGUAAAUCUUGUAUUAUUCAUAUACUUCUUGUGACUGUACUAAGUUUAGUGAGAGAGGCAGAGUCAAAAGUCAAGGGGUUGUGGAGAAACCUUAAUACCUAUACCUAUACCACAAGUCUAUGAGGAACAGCAAGUAAAUCCUGAGGAUUCAAUGUGGAAAUCUUGUAUUUGUCAUUCGUCUAUACUACGUGUACCAUAUGUUAAUCUUGAUACAAGCGUAUGAGCAUAGGGAUAUAGUGAGAUGUAGCAUACCACUCUCUAAGAACAAUUAGAACAUAAGCAGUAUUCCCCAUGUAGAGUAUAAUUGUUGCAUUUGAUUCAAGUAUACAAGUAAUUGGUUUUCUACCGUCAUUGUUAAUAUGUGAACAAACUCACACUGCAAAAAAUCUCUAUGAGUUCUAGAACUGUGCAAAUACUUCUGGGUGCCCCAGUUCACAUAGCAAAUGUAAUCACAUUCACAGUAUAGGAGAAUUUAUGAUUGCAAUAAAGUUGGUAAAACCCCGAGUUUAUCCAGUUCUCCAAUAUGUGUAAAAUACCAUAUAGAAAAAAAUCUGUAAAGAAGAAAAGGUAAGCCAUGAAAGAAAGGAAUUUACCAUCAAAGGUAUUUUCAGAGUUGCAAGACAACCCCUAAUUAAAGAGCAAAACUUAAGUUUAGAUACAGUUAUAAAAACUCACGAUCUGAUUUCUCUUUACAGUUAGUACAUAUUGUAACAUUAAUUCAUUCAAAUGUGUAUGUACAGUAUGUGCUGAAUAUGGUAAAACUUUUAUAUGUGCCAAUUAUCCUUGCAGGAUUGAAAGAAUUCAAACUCAAGAGAAACUUUCUGUAUAUAGUCAAUGUGGUAAACCCUUGACAUAUGACACUUACCUUAAAUGGAAUGAAGGAACACAUACUGGAGAGAAAACCUAU